GAGAUUUUUUGUUGCCGUUUCUUCAUGAUAUCUUGAAUUCUAAUUUUCCUCACUAUCUCGAUUGUAAACUGGGAGGAAUUUUGGUAACUGUUCGGUCUUUGGUAGUAAAUUGUCUUUUUUCCCCAUGUUUAUGUAUAUAUUGUGGCAACUGGGACAACUAUUUGUUCCUCUCAUUUCUUCCUCCUCUUUUGCCUUCCACUGAUGAUGUAGUUUUGUUACUUUUGUUUCUUGUGUGAACUAACGGGACAGGAGAAGAGGUGGAUAUGGCUUCUGCUAAAAAAUUUGCCAUGCUGAUGACGUUUUUUGCCUUGGCGUAUACACCAAUAAAUGCUUAUUCUACUGAGAAAGAUUUUGUGCGUUGUCAAAGUACUGUCAAGAAGUGGGCAGCUUCUUCUCUUGAUACAGUGGUCAAAGAAGACAAACACAGAUUGCGGGAUUUGCUGUUUUUCCUCCAUAUCCCCAGAACAGGCGGGCGCUCAUAUUUCCAUUGCUUUCUGAAAAAACUAUACACUAAUCUCGAAUGCCCCCGAUCAUAUGACAAACUACGGUUUGAUCCAAGCAAACCAAAUUGCAGAUUGAUGGUUACUCAUGAUGACUAUAGCAUGGUGUCCAAGCUUCCAAAGGAGAGAACUUCUGUGGUUACAAUACUGAGAAACCCAGUUGAUCGUGUCUUUAGCACAUAUGAAUUUUCGGUGGAGGUCGCAGCUAGGUUUCUGGUGCAUUCUAACCUAACUUCUGCAACCCAAAUGAUGGGACGUAUUCACUCAAAGAAAAAGGGAGUAAGCACUUUGGAUAUUUGGCCAUGGAAGUGUUUGGUUCCUUGGAUGAGGGAGGACCUUUUUGCGCGGAGAGAUGCUAGAAAACGUGGUGAUUUUGGUUCUAUUAGAGAAAGCAAUGAUCCAUUUGACAUGGAAAAUAUUGUUAUGCCUCUACGUGAAUUCAUCAAUGAUCCUGUAGCUCAUGACAUCAUUCACAAUGGAGCAACUUUCCAGGUAGCAGGACUUACAAACAACUCAUAUUUGUCGGAAGCAGAUGAAGUGCGGCACUGUGUAAGGAAGUAUGUGGAUCUUGGUGAAUACGUGCUUGAAGUUGCCAAGAAGAGGUUGGACAGUAUGUUAUACAUUGGACUCACCGAGGAUCACAGGGAAUCUGCCACAAUGUUUUCAAAUGUGGUUGGGGUCCAGGUGAUUUCCCAAUUGCAAUCAUUGAGCUCUGGUAUGGAACAAGCAGAAAAGAACAAAUCAGACACAAGCUCUUCAUUUCAAAACUACCAACCUGACAGUAACUAUCUUCAGAAUAGCAUCAAUGAUCAGAACGGGAGUGACAUUUCUGCUACUGAAAAUAUGGAAGAAACAGAUGAAAAUAAAAAUCAGAUGACAGUGGGAAAACUGAUGGAAACUUAUGAAGAGUGCACUUCUAGAUUACGGAAGGCCCAAUCUCGUCGACGGACCUUGUCUUUGAAGAAAAUUUCCCCGGCAUACUUUACAAAAGAGGCACGCCUUCAGGUUCCUGAAGUGGUACUCCAGCAGAUAUUGUCGCUGAACAACCUUGAUGUGGAGUUAUACAAGUAUGCACAAGACAUAUUUGAACAGCAAAGGAAGCAUCUUAUGCAGAAGUCAGUAGAAGUGGAGAAGCAAAUGAGCACUUUCAGCAGUUCAUAUGGGGCACCUCUUUGGAAGAUUUUAUCAUUAGGCAUGACAGUUCUCAUACUCCUUGUGCUUCUAUUUCUCCUUUCAAAUGCAAGAAGAAGAACUUUGAAAGUCAAAGUAUAAAUGUGAUCUAAAUACAUAGGGCAGGAAUGCAUAAAGCAAUUUUGCAGGAGAUGCAUAGAAGAAAAGUCUAUGGCUGAUUUCCAGCAAUAGGCAACAUGUCCAUCACCCACGACUUCAGGGGCAUUGAUAUCUCAACAUGGCUUGGCUAAAGAAAAAAACUGACCAAUUUCUGUAAAUAUGGCCAUCUGAUGAUUACAGAGGGGCAGAUGUCAUGCUCUGUGGGUAACUUUCACCACUUGCUGUGUUUUUGUCAUUUUUCAAGUGGCAAGUCUUUGUCACUCAAGAGUAAAUUAAUAGUUGCUGAUAGGGAGGCUUGACUGGGGGAAGAAAUUUCAAGUGACAGACCUUAAAUUAUUCCACCUGUGAGCUCCAUUUCUCCUUAGAGAACACUUUCCUUGGGGAAAGAAUGGAAAGGUUCCUUUUGCACCUAGCAAUGAGAAUUUGGGAUGGUUGAUUUCUUACUGAUGUUAAUUCAUUCACAAAAGGUGUGUAUGGGGGAGAUAGGUUGUCAUUGAUGAUAAAAUCUCAAAUUUCGGACUUGAUUGUAAUUUA